UGCGUGCGCCUGCGUGGCAUCAUCUUUAUCCCUGGUGGUUGUUUGAGCAGUUGGCUUGCGCAGCAUGGGGGGCGGUGGUUCUCGUCCGUCUACUCCUGAGCCGCCUGAGCCAACACCUGGGCCGUCGCAGCCUGGCCCAGUCAGUGCACGGCUGGAAGUCGACCCUGAUUCGGUGCAGAGCAUCUGCAAAACCGGUGACUGGGACGUAGACGGCUACCUCGUCGUUCGCAGAGCUGUCCAAUUCCCCGUCACUCUCAUUUCCAGAGUGCGGCUGCAGGUUACGCAGGUGCUGCUGGUGGAUGCCAAUGACCCUCGCAACUCGGUGCAGCUCUCCCACGAAGAAGUCGCCUCUCGCACAACGGCGUCGGGGAUCGAGGUCUGCGUCACUCUUCCUGCUGACCUGCCAGUUGGCGAGUACGUCCUGCGAGUGAGCGGCCGUAGCGGUGAUGGCCAGGAGUUCCAGACAAGACUGCGGAGGAAAGUAGCGGUCUUCUUCAACGCCUGGUCCACGGAGGAUGCGGUGUUCAUGGAGGACGAGAAGCUGCGGCGGGAAUACGUCCUCAACACGGACGCCCAGCUGUAUGCAGGGAGCCUCUACGGAAUGCCGUGGAAGCUAGCUCUCUACCGCGAGGCUACGUUCAACGCGGUGCUGCUCUUGCUGCGGAAGGCGCCGCUAACCUUCGAGCAGCGGAGGAGCGUCGUGCUGGUGUCCCGCGAUAUGUCUGCACUGGUGAAUGUGCAGGACGACAGCGGAGUGCUGGUAGGCAACUGGUCUGGGAAUUACACGCCCUACACGAGCCCGUCCGCCUGGCGAGGGAGCGGCAAGAUCCUGCGGGAGUACUGGGAAAGCGGCGGCGAGCCUGUUCGCUACGGGCAGUGUUGGGUCUUCUCUGGCGUGCUUCUCAGCGUUCUGCGUGUGCUGGGGAUUCCCUCUCGCUCCAUCACCAACUUCAACUCGGCUCACGACACCAACCGCAACCGCACCAUUGACGAGUACUAUUCUGAGAAUGGGAAGAAGAUCUCUUACCUCAGCAAUGGCUCUGAUUCCAUUUGGAAUUUCCACGUGUGGAACGAGGCAUGGAUGGCCCGAAGUGACCUUCCCUCAGGAUUUGGUGGCUGGCAGGUGGUGGACGCCACUCCACAAGAGCAGAGUCCCCAGGGAGGAGGCUACAGAACUGGGCCCGCACCUGUCAAGGCCAUCAAGGAAGGAAACUCAGUUGUGUAUGAUGUCAACUUUGUGAUAGCCGAGGUGAAUGCAGACAUCAAGAAGUACCAAGUGGACAGCAGUGGAGUGCCAAAACUGACGAGUGUGGACAACAGAACUGUUGGAGAGACCAUCAGCACCAAGUCAGCCACCUCAAGACAACGAGAGGAUGUCACUAAUGCUUACAAACACCCGGAGGGGAGCAGAAUGGAGCGACGAGCUCUCUACCAUGGCUAUGAUGAUCUCCUGAAACAAAGCCACGAUGUGACGUUCACAGUUCCCGAGAAGAAGUUCCGUUUUGGUGAAGAUGUCACUCUGGAUGUGGAGAUGACAAACAAGGCCAAACAGCAUGUAGUGAGGGGGGACCAUUCUGUGUGAGGCUGUGGACUAUACUGGCAAGGUUCUGAGGGAAGUCAAGAGUUUGGAUGUGGAAACCAAGAUCAACAAAGGGAAGACUGAAACCGUUUCCAUGACAAUCAGCGGCAGUGUUUUCAGCGAGUAUCCCGGAGACAAGGUGUACCUGAAGUUCACUAUCUACCUGGCAGUGAUCGGAACCAGUCAGGUGUUUGCAGAGACCAGAUCCAUUGCCCCUGACCUGCCUCCUCUGAAGAUACUGGCCCCCUCCCGGCUGGCUCUGGGAGUCCAGUCUCAGGCAACGGUUGUCUUCAAGAACCCUCUCUCUGUGAAGAUGGAGAACAUCGUACUCACUGUUGAGGGAGAUGGACUGCUUACUGGUGAGUUGGUGGGGCCUGUUGCCAGGUAACCUGUGACACUCCUCCAAUUCCAGAGGACAUUGAGAAUGUGGUAGGGACUAUCGAUGCUGGAGCCACUUUCUCCGACACAUUUGACAUCGUGGGUAUGGAGCUUGGGAAACAGGAGCUGGUUGCUGGGCUCAACUCAAGCCAGGUUGAGCUGGUUGCUGGGGUGACGGAGGUUGUCGUUGACGAGGGGACGGAGGAGACAGACUCUCCGACUCUCCCCGAGGCAGUCAAAGUCACGUCUGUGGAGAGGAACAUUUCCGUCAACAAGAGAGUCCACCACACUGAUGCCUAUGAUAUGGAGGGCCUCGUUCUGAGGAGAGGCCAACUGUUCUCUCUCACUCUCCACCUGGCCAAACCCAUCUCCGCAGCAAACCUUGUUACCACAGCGAUGUUUACUCUCCUUGGAAGCCGUAACCGAUCUCUCAGAUCGUUUGAAGUCGCGACAGUGUCGAAGCCGUCUGGAACGGAGCUGACUGUAGAACUGACAACUCCAUCAGAUGCCGAAAUUGGCAGGUACAAGGUGUUGCUGAAGGUUGGAGUGGGUGAGAAUGUGACGGUAGUCAGCGAUGGACUCACUGCUGUGCUGCUAUUCAACCCGUGGAAUAGCGAGGACAAAUGCUACUACUCUGAGACAAGGGAACUGUCAGAGUAUGUCCUAAACACCAGGGGCAAGAUCUGGGUUGGCAGUGCCGACAGUAACUACGGGAGACCGUGGCAGUUUGCACAGUUCACUCCACAGGCUCUGGAUGUGGCCAUGUGGAUGUUGGAGCGUCUCCCAGCACAGGACAGGGCUGACCCCAUCAAGGUGUCCCGGCACAUUGCGGCUAUGGUGAAUGUACAAGAUGACAGUGGUGUUCUAGUUGGGAACUGGUCAGGUGACUACUCAGGAGGAGAGAGCCCUCUGUCGUGGACUGGCUCCGCAGAGAUCCUCGCUCAGUUUGCCCAAAGAAAGAAGCCAGUCAGAUAUGCUCAGUGCUGGGUGUUCUCUGGCGUCCAGACCUCAUUGCUGCGAUGUGUUGGUCUGCCAGCUCGCUCCAUCACCAACUUCAACUCAGCCCACGACACAGAGUUCAACAGAGCAAUUGAUCGCUACUACACCGAGGAGGGAGAAAGCAUUGAUUCUGGAGACUCCAUUUGGAACUUCCAUGUGUGGAACGAGGCAUGGAUGUCUCGACCUGACCUUCCUCCUGGCUUCGGUGGCUGGCAGGUACUGGAUGCCACUCCUCAAGAGGAGAGUCCUCAGGGAGGCGGCUUCAGACUGGGGCCCUGUUCUCUGAGGGCUGUCAAACUGGGCCAAAGAAUGAACUACGACGUGGAGUUUGUCAUCAGUGAGGUGAAUGCAGAUAUCAGGACGUACAUUGUGAAGGAGAAUGGGGAGAAAGUUCUGUCAAGAGUCAACACCUCCCACGUUGGCAAGAACAUCAGUACCAAGGCUGUGGGGAGCAGCGCUGUUAACAUUGUCACCAAUGAAUACAAGUUUAGAGAAGGCUCGGCCUCAGAAAGAGCAGCUCUGCUGGCCUCAGAGGUUCAGAGCGAGGUGGAGGUCGAGAUCUCUGUCGAUAAGGAGGUUCUUGUCGGGCACAACUUCACCGUUGUUGUCAAGGUAACCAACAAGACGAGGAAGAGCCAUGACUACCGUGUGAGGAUCAGAGGACGUGCCAUGCUGUACACCGGCAUUACUGGUCAGGUGGUGAAGAGUUCGAGUGCCAACAUUACCGUCAGAGGCAGUCAGUCUGGUGAGGUGAGCCUCACUGUGAAUGCUGCCGACUACCUCAAACUUUUGGAGGGAGGAAAUUUCAUCCAUUUCGUUGCCAUGGUGAAUGCUGAUAAUGAUGUGUCGGCUGUGGAGACCCACAAUCUUCGUCUGAAGACCCCUGACAUAUCCAUCUCCCUCCCUCCGGAAGGCCUGAAGCUGUACCAGCCGGCCUCACUGGAGGUCUCGUUCCGCAACCCUCUCUCCAAGACCCUCUACAAUGGCCGCUUCGAGUUGCGGGGAGAGACCUAUGUGCAGCCUGCCACCGUGACUUUACCACCUGUUCCCCCUCGUAGCCUGGCAACUGGUGUCCUGACAACCAUCCCAGUCAAGAAAGGCUCAGUUGAGCUUGUUGUCAGGUUCUCUUCCAACCAACUCUCUGACAUCUUGGGAGACGUGGAGGUUGAUAUUGCUGGUCCCUGAACAUUGGAAUUCACUGAUCUUUGGAACUUUUGACUCAUUGUAGAAAAUGUAGCUAGUCUUUCCUUCAGUAUCAUGAGUAGAACGAAGGUUCAUUAAAACAAAUCCUACACAUCUCAGCGAAUGGC